ACAAAUUUAGAAAUCUGAAAAAAAAAUAUAUAAUAACUCUUUAAAAAUAUAGGUCCCUUCCUAUUCUAUAAGGUAUCAUUUUUUUUUUUAAUAAGGCUCUUUUGAUAAAAGUUGAAAUUGCAUGUUAGGAAGUUUUAAUUUCCUCGCCAAUGAUAGCACGAAAUGUUUGCCAAACGUAUAAACACCCACGUUACAUAUUUUCUAUUUACAGCCAUAGAGGAGCACCUAUAUUGUUAAAAACUAAAAAAAAAAAAACUAUACUAGUAAUUUAAUGUAUAAUAACAUACACUUUUCGAGAUAUUCUCAUUUUGAUAAAUAAACUUAAAAAGAAAAAAAACACAGAACACGGAGGCGAGAGGACCACACACAGAAAGAGUCCUCAUACUACUACCCUUUAUCCAAUAAUAUCAUCAAAAUAACCAAAAACGACACGUGAAGUCUACAAACAGCCAAUAAAAAAAAGCUACCGACAUAAGGCAAAACUGAUCCUACCAUCAAACGCAACCCACGUGAUUAAAGAUUACACGUGGCACCACACAACCAUUUCCAUUUUGGCCUACAAAUUCAAACCCCUAAGCCCACAACUCUACUCAUCAUUCAUACAAUAGCAAUUCUCUAAGAAAAAUAUCUUACAAAAACAAAAAAAUGUCGGAAACCAACAAGAAUGCCUUCCAAGCCGGUCAGGCCGCUGGCAAAGCUGAGGAGAAGAGCAAUGUUCUGCUGGACAAGGCCAAGGAUGCUGCUAAUGCAGCUGGAGCUUCCGCUCAACAAGCUGGAAAGAACAUAUCGGAUGCGGCUGCGGGAGGUGUUAACUUUGUCAAGGACAAGACCGGCAUGAACAAGUAGCGAUUCCAAUCGAAUCAAAAUUGGGAGUUAAUUAUAAUUUCCCUUUUUCUAAUUAAUUGUUGGGGAUCUUAAAUAAACGUGGGAGUUCUAUCAAUUGAUUCUCAUGAUAUUCACAUCUCGUACUUGUUGUUGGUUUUAAAUUAGUAUUGUAAUGUUUUUAAUGUUUGAUCUCGCCCUUUAGGUGUAUGUUUGGAUCUUUUAUGUAUUUUAGCUUCCGGUUAAUCAACAACACCUUCUUUUUUAAGUUCCAACAA